AUGUCAUUUUCUGAAUAACAAGGUUAAGAGCUGCAGAUAAGGAAGGCAGAUUUGGAUGAUUACGAUGAGAUUAUGUAAUUGAUGCAGGAAGAGGGAGAAGAGGACUUAUAAUAACUCUACGCAUAUCCCAAGAUUCUUACAUUAUUUGAGAGAUCCUAUUUGUCAGUCACAGUGCUUGAUUCGUAGAAUAAUAUUAUAGGAGGGGCAGUCUUUGAUGAUUGUCCUUAAGGUGUUACUGGAUAGGUUGAUUUUAAGCAUGAGAAUUUGUGGGAAUAAUGGAUUCAUGAUGGCUGGGACAUUGGCU